UGAGUUACUGUUACCACACCACAGGAAACAGCACAUCCUCAACAUAUUUUACUCCUCUUAUACCACAGAAAUCUUCCAUCCAUUAUUUUUUAAAUCGAGAGCUAUGGGCCUCUGGAAAUUCUAUGCGAUUAAGCUGUUACUAUUUAUUUAUUUAUUGAUUUACUGCUGUUAGUCAACACCUUCUGACCAAUCAGAAUUCGGCGUAGAAUAUUGAUUCAUCAUUCCAUCCUGUAUAACGCAAUGAGCUUUUUAUAUGUUACAAAUUGACAGAUCUUGUCUUAAGGAUGGGGGCGGGGCUAGGGUUUUAAGCAACAUGUCUAUGAAAAUAUCUUCUGCAUCAUCAGUAUCUACAUACACAUUCAUCCAGGAGCAGCCCUGAAGUUUAGUCUGCAAUAUCACCUCACAUCUCGUAUGUCUGUUUUCUGUGAGUUUGACUUCCUGUAAGUGGUUACUCGCUCUGCAUGUGAAGGGGUGCGCAUGCAGGCAUCCUGUGCACACUGGUCUCAAAUGUAGCUGUGACGUUCAAAGUAGAAACGAAGCCAUUUCAUGUGCAUGAGGUGCGACUUCAGCUCUGUCUAACAAGUGCUGGGAAAGAUUCUCAUUUUAAAAAAAUAUAUAGGAACAAAAAGAUGUCUCAAAGUUGUGUUCAUCUCUUUUCUUUCAUUCUAGUGGUUGUGUUGCAUAUGUGCAUGCUCACUAGCCUUUCAGACAGUGUCAGAACAGUACAUGGCUCAAAUUAUAAUGAAGAUCAAGUAAAUUUAACAACCUCCAUAAGCAUCUCCACACAGCAGAAUGAAUCCACUGUGAAAACCUCUGCUAGUCCCGACACACCAACAGACACAUCCAAUGGUACAGGCAUAUUGAACUCCAAGGAAUCUACCACCAAUGAAUCUUCCACUAAGGAAUUUACCACCAAGGAGUCUACCACUAAGGAAUGUACUACCACAGGAUCUACCACCACAGGAUCUACCACCACAGGAUCUACCAACACAGGAUUUACCAACACAGGAUCUACUACCAAAGAACCAGCUACAGCCUUACAUCCUAGUAGAGGUGCAGGGAUCUUCUUUCUCAUCUUUAUUAUCUUUCUCAUCUUCAUCCUUGCCUUCGUUUUGUAUGUUCUUUGGAAGAAAGGAAAGAGAUAUUCCUUUGAUCUGACAAAUGGUGAGCAUGACACUCCACUUCGGAGCAUUGAGCCAACAGGAACCUUCGAACAAACCAAAGGAUCUACUAUGGAUCUCUACAUUUCAGAAGAGAAUCCUGACAAAGCCAAUCAUGUGGCUAAUGGAUGUUCUGGAGAGACGCCGGACCAGACGCCACCUUCUGACCAACAGAAUGUCCCAGAAGAGGACAGCUUUGCAUCUGAUUUGAGCCUGAGUUCACCGGUGAAGAAGGUGGAGUUUAAUCUGGAUCUGGACUUGAUUGGUGUAGACCCUGAUAUGGAGAAACAAACCACAGACCAAACUACGGACAAUGGCAAUGAAAACAACAACAACGACAUGAACACUGGGAAUGAUUCUGCCGACUUCUUUACUGAAAUUAACCUGGAUGACGUGCAGUAAAACGCAGACACACUUUGUGGACCUCAAGGGGAAUCACUGCAAAAGCUCCCUUAAUCCCCCAAAAAAUUGUUUCAAUCUUAUAAGUGCUUAAAAUUGCCAAAUAUAAUAAGUAAUAAGCGGUUUUACAUACUAUUUUUCAAUAAUUAUAAAUUCAAACUUAUAGGUCCUAAGCAACUGCUUUAACUUCAUUCACUUUAGCAGGUGUUAAGUCACUCAUGUAAUUUGUAGCAGUGGUGGUACUGUUAUCACUUGUAGGUAUUUACAUCCAUCCAGCGAUUUUAAUUCCUAUGAGAAAUAUAUAUGUAAUAUAACUAUUCUCUUAUGAGAAAUAUAAAUAGAUACACCAAUCAGGCAUAACAUUAUGACUGUGUUGGUCAUUUUGCUGCCAAAACAGCCCUGACCCCUUGAGGCAUGGACUCCACUAGAUCCCUGAAGGUUUGCUGUGGUAUCUGGCACAAAGAUGUUAGCAGCAGAUCCUUUAAGUCCUGUAACUUGCAAGGUGGGCCUCCAUGGAUCAGACUUGUCCAACACAUCCCUUGAUUGGAUUGAGAUCUGGGGAAUGUGGAGGAAAACUCAACACCUCAAACUCGUUAUUGUGCUCAUCAAACCAUUCCUGAACCAUUUUUGCUUUGUGGCACGGCACAUUAUCCUGCUGUUUACUUGCUGCCUAAUAUAACCCACCCACUAACGGGUGCCAUGAUGAGGAGAUAAUCAGUGUUAUUCACUUCACCUGUCAGUGCUCAUAAUGUUACGCGUGAUUGGUGUGUAACAUUGUAUAACCUACAGGGCAUGAUUUACUGCACUGGAAUGUAUUUAAAAAAUAUAUUGUAAUAUUUUGCAGUGAUAAAAGAGUGAAAUUGAUUUUUUGCAUUUUUUACAUGUUACAUGCCUGGCUUUAUAGUAGCUAUUAGCAGAUUAGCAGUCCAUGCUAACUGUACUAGCUACAAACCCAGUUCAAUACCAAAUUCUGCUACUUUCUUCCAAGCUUUGUUUUUCUUAUUAAAUCGGUCUCUAUACACAUUUAAUAAGAGGUCAUAUAAUGCAGGAUAAGAUUAUGAUUAUUAUCAAGUCAAGGUACUGACGAAACAUCAUACCACACUGACCACACAAUUGGUCUAAUGAAUCCUUCUAGGCGGUUGUUUGGUUUUAUCGCUUUACAGAGUCAUACCUAAAUUACAUCAAGGUAAGAAACUAUAGACUUGCAUGCUGCUUUGUCACUGCUGCUGUCAUACAUUACUGCAUGUACAUAGAAAAUAAACCUGUUGCUUUGUCGCUUGAUAGUGUGAAUGCAAAGUAUUACUGCAAGCAUCUAUAAACAACCCUGAAAAGAUCAUUCCCUUUUUAAAACCAAGUUAAUAUUAAGUAUUUUCAGCAGUACAUUAGACAGUACAUCAGUGAGUUUUUACCUCACUAACCAUGGCAUACUUGCAUACUGGCAUACUAACCAUGUCUGACCAUGAUAAUGCACUUGAUUAACAUCAGCAGGAGGCUAAAAAUAUUUUCUUUGUUAUUAAUGAAACUGUAUGUUGUAUGUGUUAGUGAUGACCUAACUACUAAGAGUCAUAUAGAUGAUUAUUUCUUUGGAGAUCAAGAUAAAAUCCUAGUUUUAUAUCAGAAUGUUUGAUAUUGUGUUUCUUAUAUUUUUUCAUCACUGUCAAAACUGCAAAAUUACUAGUUG